AUGGAGAGAGCCAUAAGCAUUGUGCAGUUAGAGUGUGUGACGUUGUUGAUAUUGUCCAGCACAUUGUUUUCGUGCGCUACUCAAGAGCAAGGGGCGAGUAGUUAUCUGAAUAUGGUGGUGAACGCCAGCGAGUUACCGUCGGAAGACUACUACGACUACAUCGUCGUGGGUGGCGGCACUGCCGGAUGCCCACUGGCGGCGACACUCUCGCAGUCCUUUCGGGUGCUUUUGCUCGAACGCGGAGGCGUUGGUCACGGCGACCCCAACUUGAUGAACCAAGAAGGCUUCUUGGCCAACCUCUUGAACACCGAAAGCGGAGACUCACCCGCCCAAGCUUUCAUUUCCGAAGAGGGAGUCCCCAACGCUCGUGGCCGCGUUCUUGGUGGCAGCAGCGCCAUCAACGCCGGCUUCUACAGCCGAGCCGACGCUGAUUUCUUCGCCAGGUCCGGCUUGCCCUGGAACCUCACCCUGGUCAACGACUCAUACCAAUGGGUGGAGAAGGAAGUCGUCUUCAGACCCAAUCUCAAGACGUGGCAAUCCGCGGUUCGCGAUGGGUUGCUUGAAGCAGGGGUUACUCCCUACAACGGUUUCACUCUGGACCACGCCAAGGGAACCAAGAUCGGCGGUUCCACCUUCGACGGCGCCGGCAGGAGACACACCUCUGCGGAUCUUUUGAGAUAUGCACGCGCUUCCAACAUCAAGGUGGGCGUCUACGCCAGCGUGGAGAGGCUGCUUCUGGCCGCUAGCAGCGCAAUCGGAGUCCUCUACAGAGACCAAGAAGGGGAUUACCACCACGCAUUCUUGCGGGAACAGGGAGAGGUGAUUCUCUCCGCCGGCGCCAUCGGAAGCCCUCAGCUUCUUCUUCUGAGCGGGAUUGGUCCAAGGCCAUAUCUGUCUUCGUGGGGGAUUCCCGUGGCGCAUCACCUACCCUACGUGGGACACUUCCUCUACGAUAACCCCAGGAACGGAAUUACGAUUCUGCCCUCGCUCCCACUCGAGCAUUCUCUGAUCCAAGUGGUGGGGAUUACCGAGUCCGGCGCUUACAUAGAGGCGGCGUCCAACGUGGUUCCUUUCACGUCCCCUCCGCACACAGCCUUGGUCCUCCGGUCCCCGCUCUACCUAACGGUGGCGACAAUAAUUUCAAAGAUUUCGGGGCCAGUAUCCAGUGGGUUUCUGAGGCUGGCUUCGACGGAGGUGAAGGAGAAUCCCGUGGUGAGAUUCAAUUACUUGAACAACCAGGUUGACGUGGAGAGGUGCGUGAACGGGACGAGGAAGAUAGCGGAGAUACUGAGGAGCAGGGCUUUGAGGGAUUUCAAGUUCAGCAACUGGUUCGGGGAGAGAGACUUCAGGUUCAUUGGCCCGGCUUUGCCACUUCACCAGAGCGACUUCCCUAGCAUGGCGGAUUACUGCCGGCGGACAGUGAGCACCAUAUGGCACUACCAUGGAGGCUGCGUGGUUGGCAGGGUGGUUGAUCCAAAUCUCAACCUCAUUGGAAUUUCUUCCCUUCGUAUUGUGGAUGGAUCCGUCUUCAGCGUAUCGCCCGGAACCAAUCCUCAGGCCACCCUAAUGAUGCUAGGAAGGUAUUUUGGACUCAAGAUAAUCGCGGAAAGGGACGCAAACAACAACUGACUUUGCUUCUCACCAAGGUCUUUUCUUCGUUUCAUUGUUAAUUUGACGCAAACUCUUAAAACUAGAUAACAAAAAUAUAUGCAACUUUUUACUUUCUUACUUUGUAUCCUCUAUAGCCCAUUUUUGCUCAUCCAUCCUUGCUCAAAAGAAAAUGAACAACCCAACACUAUUAGCCCUGGAAAGGAGUCCCCAUACCAUAAAGAACCUUUCCUCAAAAUGUUGAUAAUAUUAGCCCGGGAAAUGGAAUGU